UUCGUUCGAUUCGUUCUUCCUUUUUCUUGGACGAUGGUUUGCCUGGUUUCUCGCACGGGAAGGGACUUGCAGCGAUACGACAACCUCGGCCGCCGUCAAGUUGUCGGGUGCAUCCCGUACAGAUACAGAUGUAACAGUGAUGGAACUUUGAGUAAUGACUUGGAGGCUCUUGUAAUAUCCUCACAAAAAUGCCAGAAAAUGAUGUUCCCCAAGGGUGGUUGGGAACUUGAUGAAUCCAGAGAAGAAGCUGCUUUAAGAGAGUCAAUUGAAGAAGCUGGUGUUAUAGGCAAGGUUGAGUGCGAAUUGGGGAAAUGGGACUUUUUAAGCAAACGCCAUGGAACAUUUUAUGAAGGUUACAUGUUCCCUUUGCUUGUGGAGGAGGAACUUGCGUUCUGGCCGGAACAACAUCUAAGAAAACGGACUUGGAUGGGUGUGAAAGAAGCAAGGGAUGUGUGCCAGCAUUGGUGGAUGAAAGAAGCCUUAGACAUACUGCUUGAAAGGCUGCAGCAAAACAAGGAACAAAAUACCACAAGUUGUUUGUAAAUUGGACAUUUUCACCCACAUGUGUGCGGCGCUCCGAUACUUGUCCCAUUGG